AUGUUCUUAACCCGCUCAGAAUAUGAUCGGGGUGUUAACACAUUCUCGCCGGAAGGCCGCUUGUUCCAAGUUGAAUAUGCUAUCGAGGCGAUCAAGCUUGGAUCCACAACUGUGGGGAUUGUUACCCCAGAAGGCGUGACUCUUGGGGUCGAAAAGCGAGUCCAGUCAUCAUUAAUCGAAUCAUCAUCUAUCGAGAAAAUCAUGGAGAUAGACACUCAUCUGGGCUGUGCCAUGUCAGGUCUCACUGCAGACGCGCGCACCAUUAUCGAUCACGCCAGGGUUACAUCGCAGAACCACCGUUUCACAUAUGAUGAGCCCAUCAAAGUGGAGAGUGUGACGCAAGCGGUUUGUGACCUUGCACUGCGAUUUGGCGAGGGAGUACAUGGUGACGAGGCGUUGAUGAGUCGGCCGUUUGGGGUUGCGCUGCUGAUUGCCGGAAUUGACGAGCUUGGGCCUCAACUGUAUCACACUGAUCCCUCAGGGACCUUCACGAAAUAUGAGGCAAAGGCCAUAGGGAGUGGUUCAGAGGCUGCUCAGAGUGAGAUUCAGGAUAAAUAUCAUAAGCACAUGACGUUGGAUGAGGCACAUACUCUCACAUUACGCGUUCUUAAACAAGUGAUGGAAGAAAAACUAGAUCAGCACAACGUUCAGCUCGCCCAGGUAACGAAGGAAAAGGGCUUCGAGAUUUUAAGUGGAACCAAGCUCAAGUCUCUGAUAGACGGGAUGUGA